AGGAUAAUUGCACACCAGCACGUGAAGAACGAAUGACAGAGACUUAAGUUGUACUCCCACCCAGUACUUCUAGUUCUGUCUACUUCAUCACUAAAGCUAAUUGUUAAACCAUGCGCAUGCCCGCGGCUAUUCUCGAACUACAGCUUUUAAACGCACUGCUUUAUCCCCGCUGGUCGACGUCCACUACUUCAAGUAGAACUGGAGACGAAUCAAUUUACCACUUUUACUCGGUCCUGUUUUGGAAUUUCAUCUACCUCCCCCUUUUGUAUUUCGCCAUGAUGGCACGGCGCCAGAUGCUGCGACUCACUAGCGUUGCCAUUCGUGUCUUUUUCCGGACCAGACUGUACGCCGCAGCCGGGGUUUACUUCGUAUCGCUGAUCACCUGCUAUCGACCGGUGGUCGCACUCCAAUUUGUGGCGAAAGAGAAGAUGAAAAACAACCUUGGCACAGGGGAAGCGAAAAGCACGAUGAGAAAAACUGCAGCAAAGAGGAACAAAAUGCGGCGAGACGACGGCACCGCGCUGGGAAGUGUGUUGUUUCUGCAGCGGAAAAGCAAGCAAGACCAAGAGCACCAGGAACAGGAGCUGGGAAGAAGUGGACGGGAAAUGAAAAUGCUGGAGAAAAAAGAAGCGCUUGAAAAGACAAAUAAGAUCUACUCUGAAGAAGCAGCGACUUCCUCCUGUGCCCCGACGGGGGAACGGUGCGGGUCAUUUCAGCGCUGCUGCGUGGAAACGGAAACAUGCUACGAAAAAGACGAGUGGUGGGAGAGCUGUCUGCCCCACGGCUCCUGCACGCCGGGAGCCGUCCAGGAGGGCGACCCUAUUGAAUAUCGCACUCCGUGGCGCUGCAAGGUGAUUGGCACGCCGGGGAAAACAAGCAGCAGUGGCGGGCAGCAGACCACGGGGAUGACCACCGGGCUAGAAACCCUUCCGAGUUCCGGAGAGCAGUGGCAGGGCGGCAAUCCGGACCAGACUACCACACACAACAACGACGGCCACCACGUUUGGGGCCAGAAACACGCCGAUCCGGCGGUACAGGACGGCUUGAAACAGCUAUCAACUACAAAUAUGUCUGGGUCUCCUGGAAGGAUGCAACUUGUGAUGCUAUUUUUGGAUGGUAAAAAAAUCUGUGUUGCAUGGCAAGUUCAGUUUUUGCCACGUGGAGAGGGUAUUUCUCAUGCAGGAUAGGCAUCAAGAAGCACUCAGAAAAUCUGUGAUGCUAGGGCAUACAUCACCGCCGUCAUGGGUCAUGUCAGGUGUGCAUAACAAAUCUUCCUAUCUUCCAGACCCAGACACUUUUGCAUUUGAUACCAACCGGCGCGGGACAACUGCGCUUCCUGCGGAGGUGGAGAAACCCCUUUAUCGGACGAGCGUGCGCCGGCGACGGCGUUCCCGGCGCGAAACCCCCACAACGGUUACCUCGGUGCGCAACAGGUGGAGAUCGUCGGCGGGACAUCGCACGCACGAGGGAUCGGUGGCGUUGUGGACCCCGAGGCCGCCAACGCUGCCUCGCUGGCCACGCGGGCGGCCGUGGACGAGCUGUUUGGGCUGUGGGAAGGCAACGAGCAGGCGCGGAAUGCGGCCACGCAGCAGCUUAUGGUGGUGUCAGAAUCGAAAUCGACAAAGUUUAGAUAAUUUGUGAUGCAUAAAACGCAUACACUUUGGUGCCCAGUUCUCCAGUGGCGCAUGACAAAUUUGGGUAGAGCCAAAAUUAUCCAGUUUGUAAUGUUGUUUGGGUAAGGAAGACGCUAUUUGUCGUGCUAUUGCUACUGUAGCAGCUUUAUUUCUACCCCUCACCAGGCUUACUAUCUGCCUCACUUGCCUAUUCUGCAUGACAGACAUUUUGUCGGUUGCAUUUUAUGCAUGACAAACUAUUUCAACUUUGAAGAUUUCGAUCCUGACACACUCAUAAAGCUGAUCGACCAAGUGAAGGACCACGAACUGGACCGGUUCGUCCUCGGGGGCGGCUGGGUAUGAGACUGCACAACCCCCACUUCCCCUCAUUUGUAUUGCAUUAGCAGCAGUACAAACACCACCACUCCUGGAGCCUGUGCAUUACAAAUUCAUGCGCCGCGAGUAAUACUGUUACUGUUUAGGCUCCUUCCGGAAUCUGUCAUGCAAAUACUGCCACGGGGAAGCACUUGGCAUUGGGGUUCUGCAUGACAAAUGAGGGGGAGAGGGAGUUGUGCACUGUCACACUGGGGUGAGCGGGUGCUGAACGGCCAGUAUGCGUUCGUGGGUCUCACACAGUCGGUGGACAGCAUCGGGUUCGAGGGGCUGACCUACAUGGAUGGGCCGCAAGGGUUUCGCACUUCGGGCUAUGACGGGUCUCUGCACGACCAUGGGCUGGACAAGGACGCCGCAAUCAUGUUUCCGGGGUGCGGCGCCGUGGGACAGGCCUGGGAUCCGGAAUACGCCACUGUGUACGGCUACCUGCUCGCGGAAACCUUCCACGUCCACGGCGCGCAGCUCAUCCUCGGCCCGGGCGUGCAGUUUCACCACCACCCGCUGAACGGGCGGAAUUUUGAGUACCUUCCGGGGGAGGACCCUGUGAUUGGAGUGGUUCACACGGAAUCCAUGGUGCGCGCCAUGACGGCGCGAGGGGUUUUGUCGAAUUUGAAGCACUACAUUGGCAACGACUGGGAGGUGCACCGGAACGACGCGCGGUCAAACGUGGUCAUUCCGGACGAGGCCCAUAUGGAGCUGUACCUGAAACCCUUCGUCGCGGGCAUCGCCGCGGGGUCGCAGAGCGUGAUGUGCGGCUACAAUCAGGUGGAGGGUGUGCCCUGCUGCGCGCAGGGAAAAAUUCUCAAUUGGCUGAACUCCCUUUCGGACCGGUUUUACGUGCUCACGGACUGGGUCGUGCACAACCCGAACAGCCAGUACAAGGCGACCGACUACCUGACCGCAGGCCUGCACCAGGAACAGCCGGCCAAGGGCUCCUGGGGGCCGGAUAACGGCGCGGGGAAGGGCGGAGUGCAAAACAUGCUGGACGUGGGGAGCGCGCCGGCGGCGUUGAAACGCAAGGCGGGGUUCCGAAUUCUGGCGGCCGCACAGGACGGCCACCAGUUGGACAAGCAGGAUCCGCUCUACCUGUCUCGCCAGAAGCAAGCGCAGGUUUUCCCGCAGAAGCCAAACGCCGCUACCUACGAAGACUGGCGCCACUUGACGAAAAUGCUGGCCGUGGACAUUUUGGUGUUGCUGGAAAACCGAAAUAACCUGCUCCCCCUCGCGCCGACGCAGAAGGUAAAAGUCGACCACUCCUGCACGGAAGAAAAGUUCCAAAUCGCCGGCGGGGGAAGCGGGUCGGUCGGCGGGUGCAAGCAGGUGUUUCCGGCGGAGGCACUCUAUCCUGUGCAAAAGUAUCGGAUUCGUAUUGCAAUCAUGCAUUACAACUCUUUUUUGUAAGGUAAAUCCGCAUUACAAUUUUUAUUUCUCAUGCUGAGCAAAUUUGUAAUGCAUUUAUACGAGUACGUGUACGAUACUUUUGCAGUUCAUACACUCAAAGCCGCGGGCAUGUUCGCCGAGGAAGGGGACAGUUCCACGAAACUGAAGCUCUACUGCCUGUCGACCGACUCUCGCGAAGGGCAGGACCGGGACCUGCACAAAAUGCGCGACGCUUUCACACUCCCGGGGCAUGCGGAUCUCAGCAAUGCCAUUGUGUUUGUUUCCGCGCCCGGCGCCGUCCCGACCUCCGGAUUCGACCAGGCUGCUGCGGUGCUCUUCAGCAUCUACCCGGGCCAACUCGCCGGGCACGCGCUGGUCGACGUUUUGAUGGGCACGUAUCAACCCUCGGGGCACCUGCAUUUGACCCUGUUCGAUUCCCAAGACGCCUGGGGCGCGGAAAAUAAGCCGGACCCGUACAGCUACAACGACCCCUGGAACCCGGGCAACGGGGUCGAAAUGGGCUACCGCCGGCACCAGCAGACGCAGUACGACGAACACAAAAACGUCAAGUACCACUUUGGCUACGGAUUAGCCUUCCGCCCCUGGGACCCGGCGACGGUCCACGCGUAUGUUUCGACCUGGGACGCGGACGUGCGCAGCAUUCGGCUUUGCGUCCAGAACAAGAUGUCUGCGGAUGACCCGCAAUUUCCUAUUGUCUCAAAGCCCUCCCCCGUGGUGCAGGUGUAUGUGCAGCUCCCGGGGAGGAAUUUCAAGGAGCUGUAUCAAAUGUAAAAAUGUCUGGGUCUGGAAGGGUUGGAACUUGUGAUGCAAACUCUGGAACACACAAAAAUUUGUGCUGCAUGAGCGCCAAAAGCUGUCCAUUUCUUGGCACGCAAGUAGGAAGUUUCUCAUGCGGGACAGGCAUCAUGAGGCUUGCUCAAAACCUGUGAUGCUUUUGCCUGCAUCAGACGCCACGUGCGUGAUCCGAAAUAGGCAUGACAAAUCUCAGAACCUUCCAGACCCAGACAUUUUUACAUUUGAUAAGCUGCUGACUUUUGCGAAAUUUCACGAGGUGACGCCGGGGACGGAAGUGUGCAAGCUAUCAAGUGUAAAAAUGUCUAGGUCUGGAAGGACGCAGAGGUUUGUGAUGCAGGUUUGGCAUGACCCAGAAGGGCUACCAUGCACGCCCCAGCAUCACAGGUUUUUAGAAUGUCUCUUAAUGCGUAAUCCGCAUUACAAGACCCUUCUUUCGGUGGCCAGAAAUGUGCAGCCUUUGGCUUCCAUGCAUGACAGAUUUUUGAGUCAUGCGAAAUGCGCAUCAAAAGUUCGCAUCCUUCCAGACCCAGAAAUAUUUGCAUUUGAUACAAGCUGGUCCUGUACGACCCUAUUGCGGUGUACAACAGCGCAGAGGGGAAGUUCGAAGUUCCAGGAAGCGGUUCUUUGCCGAAGGUGUUUCUCUCGCUGAACGGGGUGCAGGAGGCGGGUGCCGACAUUUCUGGCUCAAUCCAGGCUGUCGGGCUGGACCGGGUGAAGAAGUCCUUCACGCUGAAGGAGUACUUUCAUGAGUAUCGGAAGCGCGCGGCCGCGCGGGUCCUGCUGGACCAAGACGCCUAUGAGCUGCAAAAGUAUCGCGCUAGUACAAAUUGCAUGACAAAUUCCCUCAGCAUGAAAAAUGAAAUUUGUCAUGCUGAUUUGCCUUGGAAACGCAAACGAGAUUUGUAUUGCAUGACUGCAAUUACUACGAGUGCGAUACUUUUGCACUGCAUAACGCCAACGCGAAACCGGAGUCCCCCGGGAUUACCGUGGCGGACCAGGUCGGGCAAACCGUGCUGGAUGGGCUGGUGGGCACCUGGCUCACGCUGGCCAAACGCAGCACGUUCACGACCCAAGGCACGGGCUACUCCUACGGGCUCUACGCAUUGCAAAUUACUUACUUAUGUCCACAUCUGGAAGACUGAAAUUGUGAUGCGAAAGUUCUAGAACACCAAAGGAGAUUUGUGAUGCAUGGAAAGGAACGGCGAGAUUGUUGGUUUUCCGGCUAUAUUAUUUCAUUAAUUAAUCAACCCAGUUUCUUGUGCUAUUGGUAAACACCAUCGAGGCACUUCGGCUUCGUGUUUGCAAGAAGCCACGGAAAUAGACUUAUCAUGCUGUUAUGCUGUAAUAACACGAGAAGCAGGUCCCUAGAAGCAUGUCGAAAGACCAUGAUGAGAAAAUAUCUGCAAAUCUUUGUGCCAGACCGAGACAUAAGUAUUUGCAGUCGAUAGGCACUACGCGCAGCCACAACCCGGACAGGGGAUCGCGAUCCGCUGAGUUGAGUCUUCUGACGUAAGAGGUGGAAGAUUUGUAGCUAGCUGCAGAAAGUAGACGAGCAGCUUGUGAAGACAAUCUAUCAGCAGACUUUCGAUGCAACUAGGGCUGUGAAAAUGCAGUUCUCUAUUUUCUUGAAUUUUUACAGUACGCAUUUUGGAGUUGUAAACUUCUAGGAGCAGGUAUUACAUUCUCAUCUCUCAAUUUAGUUCUGGCAUAAGAUCGAUACAUAUAUUUCUCUUUGAGUUUUUUUUUCCGCUUAAGUAUAAUAGAGUUGCCCUAUUAUCCACACCGUUGGCCAAGUACUUACUUUUUUACCCCAUCCUCAGAGUUUUCAUCCCCUUCCCCUUCUCCCACCUCUAGCCGUGAUAGAUUCCGUUACAGAUACAAUACCGUAUGAUCCUGUUGACCAUAAUCAGGCAUGACACUUUUCUACCACCGGUUUCUUUAGUAUCACCGCCUUUUGGAUCUCUAGUUCCAACACCAUUUUCAUCUUCGAAUCUUCAAACUGUACCAAACCUGAG